AAAAAGCACGAGCCCAGCCUGUUUUCCCCUCAGCAAGCUGAGAAUGAGUGCCGUGACUUCCACGCCAGGCACUGGUAAGGGUCCUGGACAUCUGUAGGGUGGAAGCAGCCCUGAAAUGUCGCACACUGGGGGUUGGGCAGCGGCUGGGUGCAAAGCCUCAUUAAGGUAAGGACAGCCACGCACAGCCCAGCCUGCAGGUAGAUGGGGUGUCCACGGACAGCUGGAGUGCAGAGGAGGGGUCCCGACAUCUGAGCCAAUGAGAACCAGGGGCGGGGCCAGCAUUGGCGCAGAAAAUGGCGGAGACCUCGGAGUCUCUGCCUGUCCACCGCCAUGCCGACCUUACUGGCCUUGCUGCCCCUGCGCCUGUGCCGUCUGUGGCCCUACAACCCUCCCGCCCGGUUUCUCUCGGCGGCCGCAGGGCAGCGGUCUGGCCCCAGUAAUUAUUAUGAACUGUUGGGUGUGCAUCCCAAUGCCAGUGCGGAAGAAGUUAAGCGAGCUUUUUUCAUCAAGUGCAAAGAGCCGUGAGCAGAGCCGCCGCAGCUAUGACAACCAGCUCUGUUCAGCCAGCCCCCCAAAAUCGCCAGGGACCACAGCCUACCCCAAGUCUGCCAGACAAACACACAGCAGUUCCUGGGCACCCCCCAACGAACAGUACUGGGCCCAGUUUCAUGGUGUGAGGCCACAGGGGCCUGAGUCACGGCAGCGGCAGCAGAAACACAACCAGCAGGUGCUGGGGUACUGCCUCUUGCUCAUGCUUGCAGGCAUGGGCCUGCACUACAUUGCCUUCAGGAAGUUAGAGCAGAUGCACCGAAGCUUCAUGGAUGAAAAGGACCGGAUAAUCACCGCCAUCUACAACGACACACGGGCCCGGGCCAGGGCCAACCGAGCGAUGCUCCAGCAGGAGAGGCAUCGGAGGCUGCAGCCGCCGGCCCCUAGGGCUUCCUCCGGCUCCGGGCUCAUGCCCCCUGGCACUGGCCCCUGAGGGACUCUCUAGGCCCGCAGACGUUCGCUCCUCGCUGAAGCCCAGACUUGUGCACUCCCCAAGGCGCGCAAUAAAGCAAUUCUCUGAGCUCUGGUCGGACCGCUCCUUCAGAUCCCGCGCCGCCCCCCUCUAGAGCGGCUACGGCUACU